UCAUUGCUCAGUCUCACACACCUCCCUCCUCCCUCCUCUCCUCUCUUCCACGCAGGACUUACUCUCAGGUGGUCGCCAUGGCGAAUAGAAUGGUGGUGCAGCAGCCCAAGCCGGUUGUCAUGGCGGCGGCGUCUGACCAGUGGACCACCAGCAUCUGUGAAUGUGACAACGUCAACGACUGCUGUUUUGCAUUCUGGUGCCCGUUGUGCUUCGCCUGCAUCACGGCGCGUGACCACGGGGAGUGUCUCUGCAUCCCCCUGCUGGAUGGCUGGGGCCUCAUCCCGCCCAUCGUCCUCUCCAUGAGGGUGUCCACGCGACGCCAGUUUGGCAUAAAUGACACCAUCUGUAACGACUGCAUUUACGCCUGCUGCUGUGGCCCCUGCUCCUGGUGCCAGAUACGACGAGAGAUGAAGGCCCGCCUGCACCCCGUCACGCUCAUCAACAACCGUGCGCAGUAACCAUGGAAACAAACCCCAAACUAGCUCGACGAUGCUCACAAUGCACUGUCGCCCACCCAUCACCUACCCACCCACCCACCUCACCUGACUUUGUCCGUCGACAAACCUCUCCGCCGUCCUCCUACGCCUCCUCCUCCUCAUCAUCAUCAUCAUCACCUCCUCUUCAUCGUCUCUUUUUUCAAGGUCAUUAUCAGUGCUGAACGGAGCCUGUGUACUCCUAUGCCCCGCCCAGUCUGCACGCCAUCCCGCCCCCCUUUCUUCUUUGCCCUUUUCAACCUGUCAUGAUCCAAUCAGGUAUCAACGUGUAAAUUCCAGACACGUGUCAUUGGACUGCAUUCUCUCUAGCGACCAGAACACAUCUUCUAUCAGAUCAAGUGAGGCUCCUCUGUGUCUUCAUGAAGGAAGGCCAGAAUUCUAGAACUUUAAUCUCUGUUCCGGAAUCAGAACAUGUCUGGGGAGUGGUUUUGCUGGAAUGCACCCCCCACUCUACUGCUCACGUAUGAAGACAGAAGUUUUUGUUUGUUUGUUUGUUUUUGUUUGUUGGAUCAGACAGUGAGUCAGACAAAUAUCGUCAGACAAAAGGGUUUUUUUGUCAUUGUUGUGUCCUUUCUUUUUUGUGAUCUAUUUGCAUUGUUGUUUGCUGAUAUUCUGUCAGACACCUGCAGGGAAGAGUAUAUUGUACAGUUUUGUACAACACUACUGGGUCAGACAAAGGUCAAUCUUGUUGUGACUACCACUGUGUUAUUUUCUUCUCCCUUUAUGUUUGCGUUUUGUUUCCAUUUUAGUUUUUGUUGCAUUUUUUUUGCACAGCACAGAAGCCUGAAUAUGAGAAUGCAGCUUUUGUUAUGUCUUUGCGGUGUGUGUGUGUGUGUGUGUGUGUGUGUGUGUGUGUGUGUAUGAGAGAGAAUGUGUGUAAUUAUUUUGUUCUUUAUAAAGAUGCAAUAAAUCUAUUUCUUGCCAAA